AUACUUAUUGCUCCGAACCAACCAUCUCCCACUAGAUCCGCAUUAAAGAGAUUCUCGUAUAAAAGUUGCACGAUUUCUAGCAAAUACCAACAGUCACAGAUUUCAAGUUAAACCAUCUAGAAGUCCAGCUGAAAAUAUGAAAAUCUUCGCAAUCACCACCGUUAUCGCCUUGUUGGGUGUCAGCGCCAAUGCGCUGAGCAACACCUAUUUGCCGCCCGCAGCUUCGAAUUCGAUUAGCAGCUUCGCACCAGCUCCCAGCCACCAUGCCGCACCAUCUGGUGGUUUCUCAUCGGGCGGUUUCGGCGGCAGUGGUGCUGCCUCGGCUCAUGUCGCUCAAUACGCUGCUGCACCAGUUGCUGUACCACGUCCACAGGCAUACCACGCUGCGCCUUCUCACAAUGUAGCCUCAUACGCCGCUCCGGCACCUGCACCACGUCCUCAAGCCAAUUUCGCAUCUUCGGGUGGUUUUGGCGGUUUUGGUUCGGCUUCUGCUUCGCAUGCCAGCUUUGCUCCAGCUCCACGUCCACAAGUGCAUCAUGCUCCUGCUCCAGCUCCAGUGUAUCACGCGCCAGCUCCCGCAGCCUCACAUGUAUCUCAAUCUUUCGCUCCAGCUCCAGUGCAUCACGCUCCAGCUCCAGCGUAUCACGCUCCAGCUGCCGCAGCCUCACAUGUAUCUCAAUCUUUCGCUCCAGCUCCAGUGCAUCACGCUCCAGCACCAGUGCAUCACGCUCCAGCCCCAGUGUAUCACGCUCCCGCAGCCUCCCAUGUAGCUCCUGCUUUCGCUCCAGCUCCAAGACCAGUCGCUGCACCACGUCCUCAGGCUAGUUUCGCAUCUUCGGGUGGUUUUGGCGGUUUUGGUUCGGCUUCUGCUUCGCAUGCCAGCUUUGCUCCAGCUCCACGCCCACAGGUGCAUCACGCACCAGCUCCAGCUCCAGUGUAUCACGCUCCAGCACCCGCAGCCUCUCAUGUAGCUCCUGCUUUCGCUCCAGCUCCAAGACCAGUCGCUUCCCACUCCGCUCCAUCUGCUGGCUAUUCCGGCGGUUUCGGUGGACAUGGCGCUGCAUCUAGUAGCCACGCUAGCUAUGCCGCCCCCGUUGGCGCUGCCUCUAAUGCCGGUUAUGGUUACUCUGCUCCAGCUGUAGCUGCUUCAGCUCCACAAGUUGCUUACGCUGCUCCAGCUCCUUCUAACAUUCAGGAAAUCGUUGCUGCUGGUUCUUCCAACUAUGGCACUAAAUAUGCCGCCAACGGUGGUUAUGAAUACCGUUACAAACACAGGAACUAAACAAUUGUGUUGUCGAUUAUAUUCAGUAUUUUCUCUUUGAUGCUGACGAAAGUUUUUGUUCAGCGGACAAACGAUUACACGACCAAUAAACGAAAGUGAUAUCAAGCAUUAUAUAAAAAUGA